GAUACAUUAAAAACCAUAAAAAGCUAGAAAGAAAAUUUUCAAAUCCAAAUAAAUAGGUUUUCCUAAAUACCGUACUUCUCUUCUUUCCCGCCCUUCCUCUAGUUUUCUCAACUCUCAAGAUGUCUGAAAAUCCAAACCAAUUUCAAGCUUUCUUCCAAACUCUUGAAAAAGUAUCAAACGAUGUACAAACCCAUCUCUCCAAUUUCAUGGGUCAUAUUCGCAAUCCAUCACCCGUCAACGGGAAGCCUUUCUUCUCUCUUUCAUUCUCGCCCUCGUCCAAAGUAAACCCAUCACCGAACUCUGACGCAGCCGCUCAUAUUCUGUACAAAGAAAAGUCUGCUGCACCUGUGACUAAAGAAGAACUUGGAAGAGCCACUUGGACUUUCCUUCACACUCUUGCUGCUCAGUAUCCAGAAAAUCCAACAAGGCAACAAAGGAAGGACGUAAAAGAACUGAUGGCUAUAUUAUCUCGGAUGUACCCUUGCAAGGAAUGUGCUGAUCACUUUAAAGAAAUUUUGAGGUAUGUUGUUAACUACACUCACCCUCUUCCACCUAUUUCUCUAUUGGAACGCAUGGAGAAUGAGGUAAAAGUAAGAAGAAAGGAGAUAAUUUUGGAAAAUGCCAUGUUCUGGCCCAAUUAUUGUGCAAAUCCUGUACAGGCUGGAUCUCAUGACCAGUUUUCCCAAUGGUUAUGUCACGUGCACAAUGUUGUUAAUAGAAGUCUUAAUAAACCAGUAUUCCCCUAUGAGCGGGUUGAUGCAAGGUGGGGCAAGCUUGACUGUGAGCAGCGUUUAUGCGAUUUACAAGGAAUCUCAGCAAAAGAUUUUGGUGAUAUCAAUAUCUGAGUACAAAUUAAAGCAACCGUGGACGAGCUGAACUGGAUUUCAGAGAUGGGUUUUUUUGGGGCAACCAUGGAUGGGCUGUAAUUAAUAAUUUUUGAGUGUUUAGUUUCUUGUCCAAAAUGAUCACAUGAAAAAGAAAAAGUAAAUGCUGAUUUACAAAGAAUGGUUGGUAUUGACGAAGAUAACCAGUUGCUUGAAGCAUGUGCACCUAAUUCCUGGGUCAGAACUCUGCUUGUCGAGAACUGAAUUUACAU